UUAACGCUGAUCAAUUUAUUUCUCUCUUUUCGCCUUUGUUGACAAUGAUGUUGGAUCGACCUUUAUUACGAUACACGAAUUACUCAUAACUGUUAAUUGUUCUCUCUCGAUAAGUCUGCUUUACGGAUUUAGCCUGAUCUAUCGUUAGGAAAUACUCGAAUUCUCUCACGGGGAAAUUCGUUGUAUUUUUGUGACCAUUCUGUAUCACUGUUACAGACAAUGCAUCAUGCCUGUGAUAAGGACAUGAACAAAAGGACGCGUUGAUAACGUCAAGAAUCAAAGCACGUGGGUGACGAUGGCUGCUAGAGGCAUACACAGUCUAAGAUUCAACCAGGAUCAAGGAUGCUUUAUGUGUUGCAUGGAGUCUGGGCUGAGGAUCUACAAUGUCGAGCCUCUGGUCGAGAAAGCCCACUUCGAGAACGACUUGAUGGGGAGCAUCGCCAUGGCAGAGAUGCUCUGGAGGACAAACGUGAUCGCGGUGGUCGGUGGCGGGACGCGUGCCAAGUUCGCCGAUAACACUGUAUUGAUCUACGAUGACUUGUCGAAAAAGUUUGUCAUGGAAGUUACCUUCACCGGUCCCAUUAAGGCGGUCAGAUUGCGACGAGAUAAAAUGAUAGUGGCGCUCCAACGAGAGAUCCAUGUCUUUUCGUUUCCCACGCCCACUCGGCGAUUACUGACGCUAGAAACGCGGGACAACCCGAAAGGUCUUGUAGAAAUAGCGACUCUCGCGUCAGCGCAGAAACAAUUGCUGGCUUUCCCCGGCCACAAGCUUGGUAGUGUGCAGCUGCUCGAUCUCGGUGCGACCGAGGCUGGAAGUUCCAGUGCGCCCGUGACUCUCGCCGCGCAUCAAGGUGCAUUGGCCUGUUUGGCGGUCAACGGGAACGGAACUAUGGUUGCUACCGCUUCCGCUCAAGGAACCCUAGUCAGAGUAUGGGACUCUAUACGAAGGCACUUGUUAGUUGAAUUGAGACGUGGCGCCGACCCUGCUACACUUUAUUGCAUAACGUUCAGCAGGGAUUCCGAAUUUUUAUGCGCCUCUAGCGAUAAGGGAACAGUGCAUAUAUUCGCCCUAAAAGAUACUCGCUUAAAUCGACGAUCCACUUUCUCAAAGAUGGGCUUUCUGGGCAACUAUGUUGAGAGUCAGUGGGCAUUGGCUACCUUCACAGUACCCCCCGAAUGUGCGUGCGUUUGUGCGUUUGGCGCACGUAAUUCUGUGAUAGCUAUAUGUAUGGACGGAACGUUCCACAAGUAUGUGUUCACCGCAGAAGGCAAUUGCAAUCGGCAAGCAUUUGAUGUCUUCCUGGAUGUUUGCGACGAUAAUGAUUUUUAACACAAGGCCUACGUCUCGUACGUACGUGCGUGCACAAUGCGCGUGCGCACAGCUAUAAGAUUAUGUACUAGCGAUGAAAUUUCUAGUCGAUCUACACGAACGAAAUUUCUUGUACGUGAUAAUUGUUUGAACGAUCGAAUAUCGCGCUGAUUAUGGUAGAAAUAAGUUAUUUUGUGAUAGGAAAAAUUAUAUUGUUGUGCUGUAAAGUACGCUUCAACUGUAUUCCGCGAAUUAUAUUACCGUAUGCAAAUUAUAACAUUUUUUUCACGACUAACGUACUUUUCAAAAUUAAUUUAAUUGCAAGGAACAUUAAUAGACAUUUAUUUUGUACAACAGUCGGUGUAUUCUCUUUUAUCAUACCUAUUCU